GGUGCGUGGAGCCCUUUAAGGGGCGAUGCUCAGUGCCGGAAGAGAGCGGCCCCGCAGCAGGAAGCGGUGCGGCACGGCCGGGCUCGGGGCCAUGCUGCGGGGCCGCUGGCUGCUGCCCGGGGCCUCCCUGGCCCUGGGCGCGGGGCUGGGCGCGGCGCUGACCGCCCGCUGGCAGCGCGGUGCCGAGGGCACGGAGCUGGCGGACGGGCUGCUGGGCCGCCUGCCCGUGGUGCCGGUGGUGGCUGCGGCCGCGGGACCUCCAGCCCCCGCCGAGGCGGCGCGGACCGAGCUGACCAAGUACGGCUUGCCCGGGUUGACGCAGCUGCGGAGCCGCGAGUCCUACGUGCUGUGCUACGACCCGCGGAGCCGCAGCGCGCUCUGGGUCAUCGAGCGGCUCAACCGGGAGACGCUGAGCGGAGCCUCCGACCGCGCCGCCUGCGACUUCCAGGAGGACGAUUCCGUGCACGAGUACCACCGCGCCACCAACGCCGACUACCGAGGCAGCGGCUUUGACCGCGGGCACCUGGCUGCUGCCGCCAACCACAAGUGGAGCCAGAAGGCCAUGCGGGACACCUUCUACCUCAGCAACGUCGCCCCCCAGGUUCCUCACUUAAACCAAAAUGCCUGGAAUAACCUUGAGAAAUACAGCAGAAGCUUGGCAAGGAACAACAAGAACGUCUAUGUCUGCACAGGACCUCUCUACCUGCCCAGGAUGGAGGCUGAUGGGAAGAUGUAUGUCAAGUACCAGGUGAUUGGGAAGAACAACGUGGCCGUCCCCACCCAUUUCUUCAAGGUGCUCAUCCUGGAAAAGGAGAGUGGAGAAAUUGAGUUGCGCUCCUAUGUGAUGCCCAACAGCCCCGUGGAUGAGAAAAUCCCGCUUGAACGGUUCCUGGUUCCCAUCGAGAGCAUUGAGCGAGCCUCAGGGCUCCUCUUUGUCCCAAACAUCUUGAAGAGAACAAGUAGCUUGAAAGCCAUCACAGCUGGAAACAAGCGCUGAACUCUGACCAAGCGAAUCCAGGUAUCAGUGGCAGCCCACAGAAUAUUCCCUUGUGCACUUUUAAGGAUGAGAAAUAAGAGAGCCAUGUUUCUCUCAACCCCUUCCCCAGUUUCCUGUAAAACAGUGAAACGCCCAGUGAAGCAUGUCCCAAGGGCAGGCUGCAUGGAAGGCUUCUGAGUACUUGACAGGCCCCAGUGCUCUAGACUUUGCCCCUAAACUGCAGUACUGUGGGUAUUACUGUAAUUGCUCCCUUUGUGUGUGGCUCAUUAUGACACAAAAGGAUGUUAUUUAAUUCCUGUACUUGUAGGGAAAGAUGGGAGCAAGACAGGUGCAGUGAGAGGAGAGGUCCUUGCAUUUCUGCUUCCAAAGAAUUGUAUAAUUUUCACAAAAUGGUUUUAGCAGUAAAGCUUCGAAAACACAAAGUA